AAAGUACACGAAAUAAUAAAGGAGAUUCUCAUAGGAGGAGGGGAAGUUUUAGAAUUUUUAGAAGAAGAAGAAGAAGAAGUGGGGUGGGCCCCGACCCGAAAACAAAGUGGUGUACUAGCUGGCAAACCGGUCUGACAGACUGGUUCUUCCCAUAGACAACACCACCAACAUCAACAACCAUCACCUUCUCCAUUUUCUUCAAACCCCCCCUCUCCCCCUCAAUCCCUCACCACUCAAACCUCAACUUCCACUUCUUCCUCGCCAUUUUUAAGACCCCCAACCCCUAUCUCUCUCUCUCUCUCUCUCUCUCUGAAGAUUUGAUAAACAUAAUUAAUUCUUAUGGCUGAGGAGCACCAGAAGCCCGAGGCUGCUGCUGUUGCAGAAGCACCAGCAACUUACAGUGAGGAAGUUGUGGUGGUGGCUGAUGCGCCGCCUGCCGAGAAGGCUGUACCCGAGAAAGAAGGUCCUCCGGAGGCCGAGGCUGAGGCGGUAGCCGAGAAGCCCGUGGCUGAGGAGAAGGCCCCCAAGGCUGCUGAGGAGGAUCAGAAGAUCAUCGCUCAGUCGGUUUCUUUCAAGGAGGAGAGCUAUGUUGUUGGUGAGCUUCCCGAGCCGCAGAAGAAGGCUCUUGAGGAGCUCAAGCAACUCAUCCAGGAGGCCCUCAACAAGCACGAGUUCACUGCUCCGCCCACUCCGCCGCCGGCAAAGGAGGAAGAGAAGCCUGCACCGGCUGAGGAGAAGAAGGCCGAAGAAGAACCCAAAGCUGAAGUUGCUGCUGCUGAAGAACCAAAAGCAGCAGAAGAAGUCAAAGAAGAAGAGAAGCCCAAAGAGGAAGCCAAAGAAGAAGAGAAGCCCAAAGAGGAAGCCAAAGAAGAAGACAAGCCCAAAGAAGAAGAAGACAAGCCCAAAGUGGAAGAAGAAGAGAAGCCAACAGAGACUGUGGCUGUGGUUGUGACAGAGGAGGUUGUGGAGACUGUUGACGAUGACGGCGCAAAGACCGUAGAGGCCAUCAAAGAGACCAUAGUGGAAGUUGCCUCUGCUUCUGCAGCAGAGGAGGCUGCAGCCGAGCCUAAACCAGAAUCCGAGGUGGCAGCGGAGGCUUCUGUUGCUGCUGCUGCUCCGGCCCCGGAGGAGCCGAAGACGGAAGCCCCCACCGCACCUCCUCCUCCACCGGAGGAGGUGCAUAUCUGGGGAAUUCCGCUUCUCAGUGACGAGCGGAGCGACGUCGUUCUGCUAAAGUUCCUGAGAGCCAGGGACUUCAAGGUGAAGGACGCGUUCGCCAUGAUCAAGAACAGCGUGCGGUGGAGGAAGGAGUUUGGCAUCGACGCCCUUCUGGAGGAGGAUCUUGGAAGCCAUUGGGAAAAGGUGGUUUUCACCCAUGGAGUUGACAAGGAAGGCCACUCUGUCUGCUACAAUGUUUUUGGGCAGUUUCAGAACAAGGAGCUCUACCAGAACACCUUCACAGAUGAAGAGAAGAGGUCAAAGUUCAUCAAGUGGAGGAUCCAGUUCUUGGAGAAGAGCAUCAGAAAGUUUGAUUUCAACCCUACCGGGAUUUCUACAAUUGUUCAGGUCAAUGAUCUCAAGAACUUCCCUGGUUUCUUCAAGUGGGAGCACAACCAGGUCACCAACCAGGCCCUUCAAUUGCUUCAGGAUAACUACCCUGAGUUUGUAGCCAAACAGGUGUUCAUCAAUGUCCCAUGGUGGUAUCUUGCUUUCAACAGGAUGAUCAGCCCCUUCCUCACCCAGAGGACCAAGAGCAAGUUUGUGUUUGCUGGUCCUUCCAAGUCUGCUGAGACCCUUUUCAAAUAUAUUGCUCCUGAGCAUGUACCAGUUCAGUAUGGUGGGCUAAGCAGGGAGGGUGAGCAAGAAUUCACCACAUCUGAUCCUGUCACUGAGAUCACAGUUAAGCCAGCCACAAAGCACACAGUUGAAAUCCCAGUCUCUGAGAAUGGUCUUCUGGUUUGGGAAGUGAGAGUGGUGGGAUGGGAUGUGAGCUAUGGAGCCGAAUUUGUGCCGUCGGCGGAGGACGGCUACACCAUAAUAUUGCAGAAGACCAGGAAGGUUGCUCCAGCUGAUGAGCCAGUGAUCUCAAACAGCUACAAGAUUGGGGAGGCAGGCAAGGUUGUGCUCACCAUUGAUAACCAAAGUUCUAAGAAAAAGAAGCUCCUCUACAGGUCCAAGACCAAGCCUUGCUCUGAUUGAACAAAGAAAGCUUGAAUAAUUCAAUUAUUCAUGCCUGUCUUGGAUCAGCAAUUCCAAUCAAACAGAAGACAAUUCAAUUGCAGCAUUGCAGAAUAAACAAGUCUGGGGGUUCUUUGUUUUCUUUUUCUUUAAUUUUUAAAUACAGGGUUAAUUAUUUUUUCUUCUUUUGGUUGAUAUUUUUUUAUGUUUUGCAAUGAAGAAAAACAAGUCUCUGGGGGUUUUUUUUAUUCAUAUUUGUUUUAGUGUAUGGGGGUUUUGGUAAUUUUGUUUGGAUUGUUUGUAAACAAUAGUUGAAGUCGAGUCCUGGAUGGAUAGAUGAUGGCUUGUGUGGUGACAGUACAUAUGAUAUGUUGGGGGAAUUGGAAUGUGUGUCGACAUGGGACAGAAACUCUUUCUUUAUACUCUUUUGCAUGUAAAAUCUGUGUAAAUUUGGUCUCUUCUGUUUCCUGUUAUUAUCUGUUUGUCAUUUUUUAUUUUUAAGCCUUGAGUUUAUCUGUUGUUGUUGUAUGCCUAUUUUAAUAAUACUAUGUUAUUUAUUAAUUUA